UUCUGAAGUUUUGCUUGCUUUGGGAGUUCCUAUUUACCUUGUAGGGUUCCUUCAUAUCACAUUAUCUGAAUAGGUGAUGCAAGGGAAUUACUGGUUUUGGAACGUACACGUGGACGGGGGGUUGUUGUUGUGGCAAUAAUCGCUCAUACGACGAACGGCGACUUGUCCCCACCGGAUGGGUCCAACUGCACGACAUGUCUCUAUUAUUGCAACGCACAUAGUUCGGCACCGGAAUGACCACAGCUUCCCGUCAUCCGGUUAACUGCACGCAAUCAAUCCUCAGUUUGGAGUAUAUACCGGUUACUAACCAGUGCUAACUCAUCGUUGUGUAUUUUUUGGAUCUCUCAUUAAGGAGGAAAAGAGCAAGGUCAAAUUGUAUCAUGAGCCUGCCACACUUGUAAACCGCGUCUUCCUGGCUAUCCGAGUGCUCCACUGCCCUCCUCUAGCUCAUCUCCGACCGAACAACAACAACCACAGGAUGACAUCCCUUAACCAGUCCAGGGAUACCAAUUUUACGGUUUUCAUACGUCUCCCCUUUCCUAGGGGCGAUUUUGUGGACCCUCCACCUGCUGAGUGGAACUCAGCCAAGGAUCAAGCUCUCUGGGACCUACUUUCGCGGCCCUCUAAAGGCGAUGAUAUAGACUGGAAAGCUCUAGCGGAGCGAUUCGGUGUAACUCUCCAAUUUCUACUUCAGCAAGCAGCAUGGUUGUAUGAUCGGCAACUAUCGCAGGUCCGGGCGCAGAUGCGCAAGGUGCCGACCACUCAGUCGAGCUCUCCCUCCCCUGCGCCUGGUUCUGUAUCCGGGAGCACAGCGCUCGGGGGUCAGUCCACCAAGGGAGCCCCUGGUACAGUCCCACGAGUUUCAAGUCGUCUUUUCUCGCAACAGACGGAUACCCUCCCCCAACGAGGCCCUCCACCACGCCGUACGAGCUCAACAAAUACUGUAAACCAAAUCAAACCUCCACGGGAAUCACCCCGUACUGAAACGCCCGUGGACCCCAAAGAUCCGCGCCGGGAAAGCUAUAGCCGACGUCCUUCAGCAAACAAACGGGACCAAGUCGCAGUUCCAUCGGGACCAGUCUAUAGAUCUCCGGCCCUUGAAGAAGAAGAUCUGAGUUCAAGCUCAUCAUCAUCAUCAGAUGAAGACGAUGGCCUAGCCAGCAGACGAGGACUCCGAUUCCGAUUCGGCAAGAUCUCCACACAUCGACCUAGUCUACAUGAUGAUGAAUAUGACGAGGACGACUCACCCGCGUUCCUCCCGCUUUCCCGAGGCCAGCCGGAAUCUGCACAACAACCGUCAGCCCCAGAUCUCAGUGCAACUCUCCGGCUACAGAGGGAAGAUCCGACAGGAGCACGACAUCACACAACACAGCACGGUGCAAUCCCGAGACCGUCGACCACGGCCGAUUCAUCGACAAGCUCGGUGAGUUCCGGAGCGCCUGUGAGGGUACGGCACCAGAGAAUGAACAGUAUCCCGUCGCCGCUGAGUCCUCGACGAGCGGACCUUGCUCACCUCAGGAGGUCAAAUACCUCUGGAAGGGAGGCGAGUGACGGUACGCCCAGCAUGGGAAGUAGCUUUAGUGAUCUCGAUGACGCAAGUGUUACGCAAUCUGCGCUUGAGGAGGCUCUCCUGAGUAAUAUGCAGCAUGGUGGAAUGGCGAGUCGAAUGAGCACAAUUAGCCAGGCAUUACGGAGUCGGUAUCUGUAAAGAAUUAAUUGCUUGUUAAUCACUUUAGGGUUUUCCAUUUUCAGAAACAGCCCAGGAUGGCGGGAUAGCAACGAGCACAGCAAUUAUCGAACAAAUGACGGUUGGCGAUGGCAUAUGCUUGGAUACUUCUCUAUCGAAUUGGUGUACUUAUCCAUUGUAAGAUCGAACUGUUAUAGCUACUGUCUCGUGGAAGCUUCCGUUCCAGUGCUCCAGAAACGGGUGUUAACGUGUUCUCCGCAUCAAACACACGCGUGACAUCGUGCCGCCUUUACAGGAACGGAGAAGAAUAUUGGGAAACUCCACAGAUCUCAUUAACUAGCGAACUCUUCUAUACCAAAAUCGUUAGCAAAGAAGUUCUGGAGAACACAUAUCCACACUUUGCAGAAAAUGAUAGUAUACUCAUCCGUUAAGGCAAAGAACUACGCUCAUUGCCCUAUAUUGAAUCUUGCACCUUAACAGAAACAUACUUCAGACAGAAGAAUCUCCUCUCUUACUACCUAGCUUAUAACACUCUCGGUCCAGCGCCUUGUAAAG